CUGGGUGUCUCGUCCGGGCUACGUGACUUGGGCCACAUCCAGCCCUUGGGCGUUAGCGGGCUAUAUAAAGGCGAAACGGCCUCCCGCGGAAGUGCAGCUCCAGACAGCCAGGUCUACACUUGCUUGUUGCCAUGAGGGAUAUGGGACUCUUCCAGUUGAUGAUGAAGAAGAAGGAACUUAUUCCCAUGGUUGCGUUUGUGAGCUGUGCUGGAUUUGCGGCACUGUAUUCUUGCUGGCACGCCCUGAGAAAACCUGAAGUGGUUUUUAACAAGACUGGCAACCCAGAACCAUGGCAAAAUGUGGAUCCUACUAAACCCCAGAAGCUGUUAACAAUCAAUCAGGAAUGGAAGGCCAUAGAAGAGCUGGAGAAGGUCCGAAGCGUGACGAAGUGACGAGGUGUCGGCCCCUCCAAAUGACACUCUAUGAAUCUAGUGGAAUCAUUUCUGCACAAACUAGAUUAUCGAAACCAGUGUGCGGAAAUGCUUCUGCUACAUUUUUAGGGUCUCCCUCCAAUUUUUUGGACUCUGGAUAAGGACCUUACUGUUUGCUUGAGUAAGUUGCCGGGCGUACAUCCACACAGUCCAAAGAUAGAGGUUAGCUCACAUUUGCGACAGCCACGUUUGCUUUGAGCAGGAUGCUCAAAUAUUCUGUUUUCUAACAAGAUGUAAGUCUUCAUCCAUUUGUAAACUUUAAACAAAGUUGGAUUAUUUUUGUCUGAAAUAAUAUUGUAGUUUAUGUUUUCAAUAAAUUGGCAUAUAAAUUUAAAGACUGUACAGAACAGAAUUUCUGGCUAAUAGAGGAAAGAACCCAAACUGGAAUGGCUGGAGUCCUCUGGAGUAGGAGCACUGAAGUCAGUUCUCUUAACUUGAGAGCUUCAAGCUAAGUCUAUCUUUAAUCUUUUCUCCAGAGAAAUAUCUGAGUUUCUUUCCACCUGCUUUUGUGUUAAUAUCUUUUUAUAUUUUCAUUUUCAUUUUUGGAAAAGAUUUAAGACCACCAAAUUACAUUACCCCAUCCCCCCCCCAAUUUAACAAAUUGAAUAAAAUGCACCGUCAUUUUGAGAUCAGCAGGACUGGUCAGAGUGAUGGGUGUCAGGUAAAGUA